ACUCGUGAGACUGAUCUACUAGAGCCCGCCAUCCUUACGAGUUCCCACAUGACUAUAACGAUUGUGGGCAAAGCAAGGCAGUUUAACGUAUACAAGGUUAUGAUGAUUCCAUAUGAUCGACUUCGAUGCCGCUGGCUAGAAUAAAGCUCCGAGGAGAUAGUCAAUUCAGUACCCUGAAUUGGUAUUACGGCUCCUGUAAUUGGUCCAGGGCGUUCCUCUGUGUUGUAUAUAAUCAUUGGAUGACUCUUCACUGUCUGCAAAUAAAUACCAGCCUCAACUUUUGAAAUCCUUGUCUCUACGCAGUAACUUCCUAAACUCACCUUCUUCGUAUUUGAAUAUCCAAGUUCAACAGAAAUGUAUAUCAAAGGACCUCACGCCGAAACCGAGCUUCCGGUGCUCAGGAAGCUAAUUCGAGAGAACCCAUUGGGUCUUCUGACUACCGCCAUUCCCUCCCCAAACUUCCCCUUUCUUCAGUCCAGCCAUAUCCCUUUCGUUCUAGAUAUCGAAGAUGAGACAAGCGAGACGGAGUUGGGAAAGCUACGAGGUCACCUCGCCAGAGUCAACCCUCAGAGCAAAGUCAUGAUCGAGAACCUCACCGAAAACCCACACUUGAAUAAUGUAAUCGAGCAAGACGUUAUUGUUAUUUUCAACUCCCCUAUUCAACACUACGUCACACCAAAGUUCUACACAGAAACCAAGCCUACAACUGGAAAAGUCGUUCCAACAUGGAACUACGCGGCAGCACAAGUCUACGGCCGGGCCAAGAUCUUUUACGAUACCAAGACCGACGAGGCUGGACAAUUUCUUUCAAAACAGAUUUCGGACCUCAGCCGCCACGCCGAGACUAAUGUUAUGGGCUUUACUGGCGGUGACAACCCUGUGGACUGGAAGGUUUCUGAUGCUCCUGAUCGAUUCAUUGAGCUUCUGAAGAAGAGCAUCAUCGGAAUCGAGAUUGAAAUUACGCACAUGGGAGGAAAGUUCAAGAUGAGCCAAGAGAUGGGCAUGGGUGAUCGAGAAGGUGUCAUCAAAGGCUUUUCUAGGCUUGAAUCUGAGACUGCGAAGGAGAUGUCGAAGCUGGUUCAGACUCGAAGUGAUUUGAAGGAGGCGAAAAAGGCAAGCGUGUAAAUUGGGCAUCUGGAGAAUAGUACUGUUGUCCCAGAAGUGCUGGUGGGCCAAGAAACUGAAGUAAGAAGUCAUUAAUGAUGUAUGCAUUGCUUAGAUCAAAUUUCUCUGUGACCUGCAGAGCGAACCAUACGGGAUUGUACUUCAUAAAAGAAAAGAUAGAAAAUGUUUCUGUAAUAAAGUUAAGCAUGAAGCAAAGCAAUAUUAACUUAUACAUGAA